AUGGAAUCCAAAUUCUCAUCAGCUCAAUUAACAAAAUACCUAGCCUACCUGGCCCUCCCCCUAAAGUACGAAUCCUACAUCACCGACCCAACAAGCUUCCCCAAAACAGAAGCAGCAUUAACGGCCCUAUUUCGUUGCCAAAUCACCCGCUUCCCUUAUGACAACCUGACGCUCCAUUACACCGAAACUUCGGUCAUCAAUAUUGCUCCUCUAGCCAUCUAUGACAAGUUCAUGGGAGCGGGCGAGACAUCACCAUCGGGACGAGGGGGCUAUUGUCUUGAAUGCAGUAUCUUCUUCUACCACGUUCUUCUCGGCCUCGGAUUCUCAGUUUAUAUGACCGGUGUACGGAACCGUGAGCGGGUAAAUGGUGUUCCACAGGGUGAAUAUCAGGGAUGGACCCAUAUCGUAAACAUUCUGGAACUUCCCUGUGGACGACAGUAUCAUAUCGACGCAGCGUUUGGCGGAGAUGGACCUACACGGCCCAUACCUCUAAUCUCCGGCUCCACGAUCAAGAGUUUAGGAACACAAGAGUUGCGUCUUAUACACGGGAAUAUCAGCAAACAGUCACGCCCAGCACAGGAAUUGUGGAUAUAUCAGUAUCGCAACAGGGCCGACAAGGAGUGGAACUCGUUCUAUACGUUUGGAGAAUUUGAGUUCUUCCAGGAAGACUUUGCGGUUAUUAAUCGGUACACGAGCUGGGACACUAUUACGAAGAACAAUCAUUGGAUUGUAAAGUUCAUUCGUAGUGGGGAGGUUGCAGGUUUACCCCUUCUUGAAGGUGAGGGUUUUGAUAAUGGAGUUGAAGAGGUUGGGAUAGUUGGGAAGCUUAUGUAUGUGAAUGGGCUUGUCAAGUUGAAUAUGGGCGGGAGGACGAGAGUUAUUGAUUCGUUUGAGACUGAGGAGGAGAAAGUAGCAGGAUUGAAGAAGUGGUUUGGGUUCUCGUUUUGA